AUGUCAGAAAAUCCCGAAAAAAAUGAAAAGAAAAGUGAAUUUCUUCCACGAAAUGAAAUUGAAGAUCCAAUGGGUAUCAAUGUUUAUUCAUCGAAAGAUAAUGAAAGUAUGCAUAAAUCAUUAAAUGGACAUUUUAUUCUUUAUCAAUUACUUAUUCAAUGUUUAUUUGAUGAAACAAAUCCAUUACCAUUUGAAAAAUCAUCAAUAUUAAAAUAUUUUCAACCAGUUAAUAAAAUUGAUAAAAAACAAAUGAAAGAAUUUGAUAAAAAAUAUGAAUCAACAAAAGCAAUUCAGUGGUAUACAAAACAAUCUUCGAUUUAUAAAAUAUUAAAUAAAGCAUUAAGAACACAAAAUAUUGAUGA